GUGUCUAACAAACACAAACCACGUGGUUGCAUGCACACACACCACGCUGCUGGUCUCGCCGCGCGUCUAUUUCAUAUUACAAAGCGCGCAUAUCUCGUCCCACCGGUCAAUUUGUCGCCAUAUAGAGGGCUUUAUAGGUUAAAAGUGUGUUUGGGCUCAAGUUCGCGUGUUUUCGGGGCUUAAGUUAUUGUGGGCAGUGCGGCCAUGCUUGUGGCUCAUGCAUUUGGCGUCGUCUGUUUCUCAUCGCUAUUAAACAUUAAAAGUCUCCAGACUAACAUUGCACGCGCGUAUACCCAAAAUAUGAGGCUGAAAUGGGCGUUAGGCGCGAGAAAUCUCGCCGUGCGUACGGUGGGACAGAGAUCAGAUGAUAUUUGGACUGCGUCGCUGCUGCCGCAUGGACGGAGGAAGCGAGAGAGGCGCAUUGUUGUAAUGGCGGACCGUAUCAUCUGUGAACACGAUGUUUUUUAUUUAGGCCAGCGAGUGUGUUCAUCGUCUCGCUCGAUAUUACAGUUUCGGCCCAUUGUGAGUGGAAUAUGAGGUAUUUGGAGGUUAGUAAAUUAAUAACUGGUGUUAUUUUAAUAAGGGGGUGUGUAUGCUGUUGAAGGAAGGCCCCGUCAAUGCGUCUGCGAUCCAUUCUCAGAAGGGGGCGGGGUCACUGAGCCGAUUAGCGCAGGGCGUUCUGGGAAUUGUAGUUUUCUCCCAAAGUAAAUCGCAUACAAAUGAUGCGUAUGGUCUUAGUAGGUGUGCUGUUAUUCACUGGGCACUUUGCGGAUGUACAGAUAAUACCAUGAUUCUUCAAUAUAGGGCAGUUUAAACGAUCCGAAGCACGUGGAAUACCAUGGUUUUACAGUUGUAUAAAACACCAAGUUGUGAUUUUGGCAUCGGAUCUGUUUGCUGGGUUUUGAGCCGCUUGGACGUAAGGAAGCGAGCAGGGAAACCUCUCUCUCACUCCCAUCAUGUGCGCCGGCACAAUUGUUCCCCGUGUUUGUCCUCAUGCAGCUGAGGCGCUGCUGAUAAGAGAGGCUUUCCAGAGAUACCCCGUGAGAUGCCCAGACAGGGAGGAAGUUCAAUUAGGGUUUGAUUUCCUCGGCCAAAGCACGCGUGUGAUUGUGCGAGGCAGAGAUUUCCAGGGGCUCGAAUUUAGAGACAAUGGGCUUCAAUGAGCAUUCAGGAAACUUAGCAAACAUUCCCCUCACGCCAGAGACGGCGCGGGACCAGGAGCGGCGUAUUCGGCGGGAAAUCGCCAACAGUAAUGAGCGCCGGCGCAUGCAGAGCAUCAACGCUGGCUUCCAGUCUCUGAAAACACUCAUCCCGCAUAGUGACGGAGAAAAGCUAAGCAAGGCUGCCAUCUUACAGCAGACGGCCGAAUACAUCUUUUCUCUGGAGCAGGAAAAGACACGGCUGCUGCAACAAAACACCCAACUCAAACGCUACAUACAGAAGGAGUUCAGUGGCUCAUCCCCGAAGAGGAGGCGCGCCGAGGAGAAGGAUGAAGGCAUUGGAUCUCCAGACAUUCUGGAGGACGAGAAGGUGGAGGAUCUUCGGCGAGAGAUGAUCGAACUCCGACAACAGCUGGAUAAAGAGCGCUCAGUUCGCAUGAUGCUGGAAGAACAGAUCCGCUCAUUGGAUGCCCACUUGUACCCAGAGAAGCUAAAGGUGAUCGCUCAGCAGGUCCAGGAACAGCACGUGCAGACGCAAACUCUGCUCCGUCUUCAACAGCAGCAACAAGAACAGCUGGGAAAAGAGUCCACCACACCUGCACGCAGCCCGCUGGUGUUUUCUCCUGCCACACCGCCUGCGCCCACUCAUCACGCCACAGUAAUUGUUCCCGCCCCUGCGCCGCCGCCCCCUCCCCAUCAUGUCACUGUGGUCACCAUGGGCCCCACCUCCGUGAUCAACACAGCAUCCACAUCACGACAGAACUUGGACACCAUUGUGCAGGCCAUCCAGCACAUCGAAGGCACGCAGGACAGGAUGGCCGUGCCCGAGGAGGAAAAGCGUCGGGCGGUCAUCGUCACCCCGGGCCGUGUCCUCACAGACACCGGCGACUCUGACACCGCCUCUGACAACGAAGGAUCUGAGGACUGUUAACUGCCCCGGUCACCCCCACCCCCCAUAUCGCCCCGCCACAUGUAACGGCGGGGGGGGCGCGGAAAGGGGGCGAGGGGGUCUGCGGCGAAGGGCCUCCCGCAGAAAUACUCUUUCUUUCUCUCUCCUCUCUUCCUGUCGCUGUCUUCUUCACACUUGCAUACGGGACUCACAGACUCAAUGACUUGAAGGUUUCUUGGGGGGGAGAAAAAAACAAAACAAAAACAAGAAAAAAAGAAAAUGUUACAGGAAAUGUGCCGCAAACAGAACGAGCACGCUUAUGUAUACUCGCACAGUACACUAUAACCCCAUAGCACUCUGGUAACUUGUUGCUACAUUCAUAUACAGCUCUUACUCAUACUCCGUCGAAUUGUCUUCUGUUUCAACAAGGUAAUUGAUUUUGUGAGGGGAAUCACAAAAUCUCCGUCAGAAUCUGCCACAGGUCUUCCAGGCCUCUGCUUCAUCACUUCCUGUUCUUCAUCCUGCCCGCAAGAGGGCAGCAGAGUUUUCUGAUCGGAGGAAUCCCAUUCCCGCGUCUCAUCUCUCGAAAUGAACCCUUUGCCCCGCCACCCUCUGGUUGCGUCAUAUUCCUCUUUCCGUUCUGGGGAGGCUUGAAGCAUCACUGUGAGCCAAUGAGACUUCAGAAACCUGUUCCACACCAUGGCUUCCGAAACUUUAGAGGAAAUGUUACCCUUUUUUUGGCGCAGAUGCGCUCCUAGUUUUCCAUUUGCUGGCGGGCACCUUUGAUUGUCGAGUUCUCAGUGGAGGGACAAUGGAUACCGCCACUGCUUUGAGGGGCUGUCACGCGCACUUUGUAAAUAACGCAAAGUUAUUACGCAAAGAGGGGGACUUUGUGCACUUAGAGUCGCCCGCCUUUACUGGGCUGGGUUCCCAGUAUGCAUGUUGGUGCAGGGUGACGCGCUCCCUCUGUCGCGUCAAACGCCCCCCCGGUCCUUUCCUCAAAAAUGUAAUUUUGAAAUUCUGGCCGAAUUUGUUGUUUGUGUGUCAAAUGGAAUAAGCUAACCGUCAGGUACUCGUACCUGCGAGGAAAUUUGUGUGACACUUUUAGCGAACUCGCUAAUAAGCGUAAAGGUCUUUUGUUUUUCAUUUUUUGAGAAAGUGUGGAAAUAGCACUACCAGGGUUGUCAUAGCCCAAUUUCAGCCUAUGCAGCUCUUUUGGUUCUCGCCCCCCUUUUGAGAGAGCAACUCCGUGGCCCCUUUGGUCUUCUCCUGGAAGUUUUGUCCUGUCCAUUCGUAAUGAUGUUUACGGCGACACCGAAGAGUGACUAGCCCGUAAUCAUGCGCUCUAGCUCUAUGCACUCGCUGGUUCACUCGGCUCGCUUGAAUGUUUUAAUUUCCCUGUAUCUCUCGGCGCACGCCGAGGACGUUCGUAAACGCCACGGAUAAUCACGUGCAAGGUGGUGCUACUCCUGUGAGAGCUCUCCGGACAAGCCUGGCUCACUGUCCUGUAGAGUUUGGCUCCAAUGUUAACUAAACACCUGAAUUGAGGAUUACUACAGGUAUGAAAUGGGACAAGUUGGAGCUAAGCUCUGCAGGACAUUUGUCUUCAGGACGCUCCUGGGAUAAGCCAUGGGAUAGUGUGAGCUCUUCAAACCCCUGGUGGGAUUGAGAGACGAAGCGUAUCCUGUGCCGAACAAUGGCCAGUGGCUUGCCUUAAAACAGCUUCGGUGUGCACAGUGAGGCACAGAGGCCUGCCUUAAACUAGCCCUGAAGGUGGCGCUAGAGAGCAAGGCCGGAGGGCGCGGUUACGACACGGCGUCCCAUUUUCAUCUCUUCUUAUCUUGCAGUUCACGUUUCCAAACAUUCCAGAAACUUGUGUUUUGCGUUGAGUUGCCGACGCUGAAGUCGGCAAGAUUUGCACUGUAAAAAGUUUCCACCAGAUCAAUUUAAAGUUUAGCAGCUGCCUUAAAAUUAAGUUAAAUCAACUUAAAAGUACAAGUCAUUUUAACUUCUUUUAUUGUAAUGAGUUAAAAUGACUUGCAGUUUUAAGUUGAUUUCACUUAAAAGUUAACUUAGGGCUGCUGCUGAACUUAAGUUUUUAAGUUAAAACUGGUGAAAAGUUUUUACAGUGUGGCUAUAAGGUGAGAGGUGUUUCGUCUCGUUUUUUGACUGAAAUUUUGAAAGUGUGCAUGUCCCUCUUCCCUACGGAAAUAUUACAGGGAAUCUUUUUGCUGCUGGACAGAUUUUUUUCUCCUCCUGGAUUUAUCAGGUGCUUGUCAGCACGCUGGACCUUGUCAUUCGUAUUGCGGCGAAGACUGCAGGGAAUCAGGGCUUCCAGAAGAACGGGCUGGUCUAAUAUUGGCGGAUUAUCUUUUUUUUUUUUUUUUUUUGUUGUUGUUCAUUUGUACUCGCGCGAUUUUAUUUGGAUAUGGCGUCCUGCUUGUGCUGUCUUAAGUCUGUAAUAACGGUUUCGUCUUCGCGAGUCUCUCCCCCUGCGUUUGAACAUUUCCUCUACCGAAGCCACAGUGUGUCUAUUUUUUGUGUAUUUUCUACUCACAGAAAUCACUGUAAGAAAUCUUGAGGACAUAUCAGAGGUUGGGUGUGUCGGGAACGGGGGGGCGAUUUUAUGAACCUGAAGCACUUACUGUAGUAUAACGAGGAGCGACUCUUGUUUUCAAAGAGGUCUUCUCCUCGACCGAAGCUCUUCUCGCUGUGAUUUUUGAACCACACGGCUGUGUUUUAACCCUCAACGUUUGUCCUGGCACACCACACGCGUCCUCUGGCCGUCUCCGCAGUCUCCAGACUUGUCCUGUCUCUCAUCCUCUCCCUCUUUUAUUGUCUGACAUCUCUUAUUAUUUUUUUGGUUUCUAUUUUUGUUGUUUUUUCUUUAUGUGGGACAGUCAGUCCAUUUGGUUGAGAAGCUAUUGUUUUUUUUGUUUUGUUUUUUUAACUGGGGAAAAGAGGCUUGUGCCUUUGUAAAAACAGAAUAAUAAAGUUUGUACUUUGUUUUUUACAACUU